ACAAUUUAAAUCAAAAACCCCGAAAAAUUCCACUAACAUUUUCUCUCCUCAACUCAUCACUAUGCUCAAAUUUUUCCCGGAAAAUUCCCAACUCUAAAUACUCAACUUUCUCUAAGCCUCAAAUGGCCGCCGUCACUUCUCUCUCUUUCUCGGCACUCACUCAGUCGUCUUUCCCGUCAGCAAGAAACUUGGGUUCCAAUUCCGACAGUCUAAGAUUCCGUACAAGCUUCUCUCUGCAUUAUGGGGGUUUCCGGUCAUCCAGUUCCAGCCCCCGUUUGGUUGUUCAUUGCAUGUCUUCUUCUUCAGAAUUGCCUACUGUAGCUGAUACAAAGUUGAAUUUUCUAAAGGCGUAUAAGCGGCCGAUACCGAGUGUGUACAACAGUGUGUUGCAGGAGCUGAUUGUGCAGCAGCAUUUGAUGAGGUACAAGAGGACCUACCGUUACGACCCUGUGUUUGCUCUUGGCUUUGUGACUGUGUAUGAUCAGCUCAUGGAUGGGUACCCUAGCGAUGAGGAUAGAGAUGCAAUCUUCAAAGCUUACGUAAAUGCACUAAAGGAGGACCCGGAGCAAUACAGAACUGAUGCAAAAAAGUUGGAAGAGUGGGCUCGGGCUCAGAGUUCCAGUUCGUUGAUUGAAUUUCCAUCCAAAGAAGGAGAAGUUGAGGGAAUAUUGAAGGACAUUGCAGAAAGAGCCGGAGGCAAAGGAAGUUUUAGCUACAGUCGUUUCUUUGCCGUUGGGCUCUUUCGUAUUCUUGAGUUGGCAAAUGCAACUGAACCAACAGUAUUGGAAAAGUUGUGUGCAGCCUUAAACAUUGAGAAAAGAAGUGUGGACAGGGACCUUGAUGUAUACCGCAAUCUGCUUUCUAAGUUGGUUCAGGCAAAAGAGCUGCUAAAGGAAUAUGUGGCCAGGGAGAAGAAGAAAAGAGAAGAAAGGGUAGGAACACAAAAGGCUAAUGAAGCCAUUGCAUCAUGUUUGGGGGAGCCCCAAUCCAUGGGCCUGUAGUUAAGGUGGUGGCUUUGGGAAAGCUGAUUGCUCUCUAUAGCUCUCAUACAGCUGCACAACCCCAAAUCUUAUGGCCUUGAGAUAGAGUGGGAGUUUUUACACUAGGCACGUACCUUUCAUCAGCUUGUAGAUUUGCAUUUUCGUGUAACGUUUGCAAUGGUGAGCCGGCUACAUCGUAUGUUCCACAUAUCACAUAUUUAUCG